CCACAGACGGAGGGUCCUGCUCAACCUCCACCCGGCCACACACACUUUCCCUGGAGACCCAGCCCUGCUGUCACAUAUUUCAGUGAUGUCACAGCCCCCUCCCUGGGCACUCCAGCAGGGCUGGCCUGCUGCUGUCCAGCCUGACUGCUGGCUGAGCGGAGAAAGGCAGGUGCAGACAGUACCUGGGGCCAGUCUUGCUCCAGCUGUCUUUUCGGCCUCAGCCCCAGCAUGAGUCCAUCAGUCAAGAAGAGACCCGAGAGUAGAGUGAUUUCCAAGAAGUAUGAUAAGGAAUCACAGGAUAUUAUACAGAAGCCAGUCAGCACAGAAAUUGAGCGGAACCGACUUAAAAUGGUGAUAAAAAACUUGUCGCUCCUGAGAGUCCUCAAGAGCUCGAAUCCCCGGAUCCAAGAAAUGCACACCCUGGCCAAGAGGUGCUGGGACUCACUGAUCCGAGUUCCAAGGACUCUCUGUGUCUCCCCCAGGAAUGAUGUGUGCAAGAAAGGGAAACUACAUAAUGCAGGGCUCCCAGGGGCCACGUACCCCAAGAACAAACUGCAGUGCAAAGGGGAGCCUGGGGAGAGUGAGCCUGAGGGAUGGAAGCCCAGGAGGAGGCUGGGGGAGCGGACCAAGGGAUCCCCCAGCAGAGAGCGGCUGCCAGAAGAGCAGGCAGAACCUGCCCACCCGAGGACGUGGUCGCAGGACUCUGGCCCUGGGGCCCGCGGGGGGAGACCACCCCUCGGGAACCCCAGGGUGGUCUUCCUGAAGCCCCUCCGACACAGAGCCCCCAAGUGGGGCGCGAAGCAGCCAGAAGAGGCUGGCCAGUGGAUGUGGUUCGAAGGGCUGCCCACGCGCGUGCACCUCCCAGGGCCCCGGGUAAUGUGCAGAUCGUCCGCCCGGCGCUGGGUCAAGCGCUGCUGCACCCGCUUCUGCUCUGCCUCGCUGGAGCUGCCUAGGCACCCCCCCUACAGGGUGUGA